UCCCAGUCCUAACAGUCAGCGGCCACAGCAAUGGCUGAGCGCCGCGCCUUCGCCCAGAAAAUAAGCAGGACUGUAGCUUCAGAGGUGAGAAAGCAGAUCGCUGGUCAGUAUGGGGGCUCCCCUCAACUCCUCAAAAAUCUCCACAUGGGAGGUCAUGCAGCCAACAACUCGGUGCCUUUGACUGAGACGGUGGAGCCGGUGGACUUUGAAGAGUAUCUGAUCACCCACCCGCCCGUUAUCGAAUCCGGGCCCCUGAGAGACCUGAUCGAGUUUCCCCCUGAUGAUAUUGAAGUGCUGUACACGCCGAGAGAGUGUCGCACGCUGGGCCAGGCGGUUCCAGAGGAAGGUGACAGCGAUGCACAUGUACGUGACUGCAUCAGAUCCUACACUGAGGAUUGGGCCAUUGUCAACCGCAAGUACCAUAAGCUGGGUACAGGCUUUAACCCCAACACCCUGGAUAAGCAGAAGGAGAGGCAGAGAGGUUUACCCAAGCAGGUCUUCGAAUCGGACGAACUUCCAGAUCCCAACAGCUAUCAGGAUGAUCAGGAUGACCUGAAGCGCCGCUCCAUGUCCAUAGACGACACGCCCCGUGGGAGCUGGGCAUGUAGUAUAUUUGACCUGAAGAACUCUCAGCCCGAUGCUCUCCUGCCUCACCUGCUGGACAGGGUGCCCAACGAGGAGAUCGACCGGCACAACGAGGAGCAGCGCAAAGCCAGUCGGCACCGCGAGCUCUUCGCCCUGCACCCAGCUCUGGAUGAGGAGGAGCCGAUCGAGCGUCACUGUGUUCCCGAGGUUCCAAAAGAACACUUCGGCCAGAGGCUGCUGGUCAAGUGCUUGUCCCUGAAGUUUGAGAUUGAAAUCGAGCCGAUAUUCGCUAGUUUGGCGCUAUAUGAUGUCAAGGAGAAGAAAAAGAUAUCGGAGAACUUUUUCUUCGACCUGAACUCGGAGCAGACCAAGUCCAUGCUGCGUCCUCACAUCCAGUCGGCUGCUAUCUCCACCCUGGCUCGUUCUGCCGUCUUUUCCAUCACCUACCCCUCUCAAGACGUCUUCCUGGUCAUUAAGCUUGAGAAAGUGCUGCAGCAGGGCGACAUCGGUGAAUGUGCAGAGCCGUACAUGGUCUUCAAAGAAUCAGAUGCUGCUAAAAACAAGGAGAAGCUGGAGAAGCUGCGGGCUCAGUCGGAGCAGUGCUGUCAGCGGCUCGGGCGCUACAGGAUGCCCUUCGCCUGGACCGCCAUCCACCUGAUGAACAUAGUGAACAGUGCUGGGAGUCUGGAGAGAGACACGGAGCUGGAGAUGGGCCUGCCAGAGCGUAAGGGAUCGUGGUCCGAGCGGAGGAACUCCAGCAUCGUGGGCCGGCGCUCUUUAGAGAGGACCACCAGCGGAGACGAGUACUGCAACCUGACCAGUUUUAGACCCGCUACCCUCACCGUCACCAACUUCUUCAAACAGGAAGGAGAUCGGCUGAGCGACGAGGAUCUGUACAAGUUCUUGGCCGACAUGAGGCGACCCUCGUCUGUCCUCCGCAGACUUCGGCCCAUCACAGCUCAACUGAAGCUGGACAUCUCUCCUGCCCCCGAGAACCCUCACUACUGUCUGACCCCAGAGCUGCUCCAGGUGAAACCUUAUCCAGACACCAGGGUGCGACCGACCAGAGAGAUUCUGGAAUUCCCGGCCAGGGAUAUUUACGUCCCCAACACCACGUACAGGAACCUGCUGUAUGUGAACCCACAGAGUCUGAAUUUCGCCAACCGCCAAGGCUCCGCCCGCAACAUCACGGUCAAGGUGCAGUUUAUGAACGGGGAGGACGUCAGCAACGCCAUGCCCGUGAUCUUCGGUAAAUCCAGCUGUGCUGAGUUUUCACGAGAAGCCUACACCACUGUGGUCUAUCAUAACCGCUCCCCGGAUUUCAGCGACGAGGUUAAGAUUAAGCUCCCAGCCUCUCUGAACGACCAUCAUCACAUUCUCUUCACGUUCUACCACGUCAGCUGCCAACAGAAGCAAAACACUCCUCUGGAGACGCCAGUCGGAUACACGUGGAUCCCUAUGCUGCAAAACGGACGCCUGAGAACGGGACACUUCUGCUUACCGGUGUCUCUGGAAAAGCCACCGCAGUCGUACUCUGUGCUGUCUCCUGAAGUUCCUCUUCCUGGUAUGAAGUGGGUUGAUAACCACAGAGGAGUGUUUAACGUCGACGUGAUCGCUGCGUCCACUCUCCACACACAGGAUCAGUAUCUGGAUAAGUUCUUCGCGCUGGUCCACGCUCUGGACGAGCACAUGUUCCCGGUGAGGAUCGGAGACGUGCGGAUCAUGGAGAACAGUCUGGAGGCGGAGCUGAAGGGAAGCAUCGCGGCGCUCAGCUCGUCCCAGCUGGAGCCGGUGGUGCGCUUCCUCCACCUGCUGCUCGACAAACUGGUGCAGCUGGUGGUGCGGCCGCCCGUCAUCGCGGGACAGAUCGUAAAUCUGGGCCAGGUUUCCUUCGAGGCCAUGGCGUCUGUAGUGAACCGUCUGCAUAAGUAUCUGGACACCAGUCAGGACAUGCACGGACGCAACAGCCUCCUUUCUUCCUACGUCCAUUACGUCUUCCGUUUACCCAACCUGGAUCCGAACUCUCCCUCGCCAGGUCCUGGAGGUCUGGGUGGCUCGGUGCAUUAUGCCACGAUGGCACGAUCUGCCAUCAGACCUGCCAGCCUCAACCUGAACCGCUCACGGAGCCUGAGCAACAGCAACCCGGACAUCUCCGGCACCCCGACCUCUCCGGACGACGAGGUCCGAUCCAUCAUCGGCACUAAGGCCAUGGAGCGCAGUGGCAAUCGCAUGUCAUCGCACACUGAGAGCGCCAGUUUCAUGCAAACUUUAACAGGACGCUUGCCGACCAAAAAGCUCUUCCAUGAGGAACUGGCGCUGCAGUGGGUGGUGAGCAGUGGCAGCGUGAGAGAGGGAGCCCUGCAACAGGCCUGGUUCUUCUUCGAACUGAUGGUAAAAAGCAUCAUCCACCACCUGUACUUCACUGAGCGUCUGGAUUCUCCCAGGAAGAACCGCUUUCCCGAGCGAUUCAUGGACGAUAUCACGGCUCUGGUGAGCACCAUCGCCGGUGACGUCGUCUCACGCUUCCAGAAGGACCUGGAGUUGGUGGAGAGGCUCAACACGAGCUUGGCCUUCUUCCUGAACGACUUGCUCUCCGUCAUGGACCGAGGUUUCGUCUUCAGCCUCGUGAAGACGUACUGGAAGCAGGUCUCUGCUAAAGUGAACGCAUCGCAGAACCAGACUUUGGAGUCCCUGAGGCUGGACUUCCUGAGGAUUGUGUGUAGCCAUGAGCAUUACGUUACUCUCAACCUGCCCUGCAGUCUGCUCACUCCACCGGCCUCUCCGUCCCCGUCGGUGUCCUCAGCCACCUCGCAGAGCUCAGGGUUCUCCACCCAUGUGCAGGACCAGAAGAUUGCCAACAUGUUCGAGCUGUCAGUACCCUUCAGGGAGCAGCACUACCUGGCUGGCCUGGUGUUGACAGAACUCUCCCUUAUUUUGGAUCCUGAGGCUGACGGGAUGUUUGCGCUGCAUAAGAAGGUGAUCAGUGUGGUCCAUAACUUGCUGUCCAGUCAUGACUCUGACCCGCGCUAUGCCGACCCCGAGGUUAAAGCCAGGGUGGCCAUGCUUUACCUACCUCUCAUUGGCAUUGUGAUGGAAACCCUGCCCCAGCUCCAUGACUUCACAGAAUCCCAUAAUCAGUGGGGCCGUUCUGGGGCGGACGAGCAAGAAGCUGAAGGCAUGAUCAGCCAGAGUGUCGCCAUGGCCAUAGCGGGGACCUCCGUCCCUCAGAUGACACGUCCCAGUAGCUUCCUCCUAAAUCCACAGGCCACUCGUCAGCACGGCACCUUCUCCCCCGAGUCCAGUCGCAGUCUGCUCAUCUGUCUGCUCUGGGUGCUGAAGAACGCGGACGAGCUGGUGCUCCAGAAGUGGUUCACUGACCUGUCCGUGUCUCAGCUGAACCGCCUCUUGGACAUGCUCUACCUCUGUGUGUCCUGCUUCGAGUACAAGGCCCAUUUUUUAUUCAUGCAGGGAAAGAAGGCAUUCGAGCGCAUGAACAGUCUCACUUUUAAGAAAUCCAAGGACAUGAAAGCCAAGCUGGAGGAGGCCAUCCUGGGCAGUAUAGGAGCCAGGCAGGAGAUGGUGCGCCGCAGCCGAGGACAGUUGGAGCGGAGUCCAUCAGGCAGCGCUUUCGGCAGUCAGGAGAACCUGCGCUGGAGGAAGGACAUGACACACUGGCGUCAGAACAGCGAGAAAAUGGACAAGGGACACAAAUCAGUCAGAACCAGAGCAGAGCUGGAACACGAGGCCCUGAUAGACGGCAAUCUGGCGACCGAGGCCAACCUCAUCAUCCUCGACACGCUGGAGAUUAUAGUGCAGACUGUGUCUGUGACCGAGUCGAAGGAGAGCAUUCUGGGAGGCGUCCUCAAGGUUCUGCUGCACAGUAUGGCGUGCAACCAGAGCGCCCUCUAUCUUCAGCACUGCUUCGCAACGCAGAGAGCUCUCGUCUCAAAGUUUCCAGAGCUGCUGUUUGAGGAGGAGACGGAGCAGUGUGCAGAUCUGUGUCUGCGUUUGCUCAGGAACUGCAGCAGCAGCAUCGGCACCAUCCGCUCCCAUGCCAGCGCCUCACUUUACCUCCUGAUGAGACAGAAUUUCGAGAUCGGAAAUAACUUUGCUCGAGUGAAGAUGCAGGUGACCAUGUCGCUCUCGUCCCUGGUUGGCACGUCUCAAAACUUUAACGAGGAUUUCCUGCGACGCUCACUGAAAACCAUCCUGACCUACGCUGAGGAGGAUCUGGAGCUCCGAGAGACCACCUUUCCUGACCAGGUUCAGGAUCUGGUGUUUAACCUGCAUAUGAUUUUAUCAGACACAGUAAAAAUGAAGGAACAUCAGGAGGAUCCCGAGAUGCUCAUUGAUCUGAUGUACCGGAUUGCUAAGGGCUAUCAGACGUCUCCUGACCUGAGGCUGACCUGGCUACAGAACAUGGCCGGAAAGCAUUCGGAGAGAAACAACCACGCUGAGGCGGCUCAGUGUCUGGUCCACAGCGCCGCCCUGGUGGCCGAGUAUCUCAGCAUGCUGGAGGACCGCAAGUACCUCCCUGUGGGGUGUGUCACCUUCCAGAACGUCUCAUCCAACGUGCUGGAGGAGUCGGCGGUGUCGGACGACGUCGUGUCUCCCGACGAGGAGGGCAUCUGCUCGGGGAAGUACUUCACCGAGGCCGGGCUGGUGGGGCUUCUGGAGCAAGCCGCCGCCUCGUUCUCUAUGGCCGGCAUGUACGAGGCCGUGAACGAGGUCUACAAAGUGCUCAUCCCCAUUCAUGAGGCUAACCGGGAUGCUAAGAAGCUAGCCACCAUUCAUGGUAAACUGCAGGAGGCUUUUGGCAAAAUUGUGCACCAGAGCACUGGCUGGGAGCGAAUGUUUGGGACGUACUUUAGAGUCGGCAUUUACGGUUCCAAAUUCGGUGAUUUGGAUGAGCAGGAGUUUGUAUACAAAGAGCCAGCCAUCACCAAACUGGCUGAAAUCUCACAUCGGCUUGAGGGUUUCUAUGGGGAGCGAUUUGGGGAGGACCAAGUCGAGGUCAUUAAGGACUCUAAUCCAGUGGACAAAUGUAAACUGGAUCCAAAUAAGGCCUUCAUUCAGAUCACCUACGUGGAACCGUACUUCGACACGUACGAGAUGAAGGACCGCAUCACGUAUUUCGACAAGAACUACAACCUGCGGCGCUUCGUCUACUGCACGCCGUUCACUCUGGACGGUCGCGCCCACGGAGACCUGCACGAGCAGUACAAGCGCAAAACUAUUCUCACCACCAGCCACGCCUUCCCCUACAUCAAAACCCGCAUCAACAUCAUCCACAAAGAGGAGAUUAUCUCCAUGCCCAUCGAGGUGGCUAUCGAGGACAUGCAGAAGAAGACACAGGAACUGGCCUUCGCCACCCACCAGGACCCAGCUGAUGCCAAAAUGUUACAAAUGGUGCUUCAAGGAUCUGUGGGCACCACGGUCAACCAGGGUCCACUUGAGGUCGCCCAGGUCUUCCUGUCUGAAAUACCAAGUGAUCCUAAACUCUACAGACACCACAACAAACUCCGACUCUGCUUCAAAGACUUCACCAAGAGGUGUGAAGACGCCCUGCGCAAGAAUAAGAGUUUAAUAGGUCCAGAUCAAAAGGAGUAUCAGCGGGAGCUGGAGAGGAACUACCACCGACUGAAGGAGGCUCUUCAACCCCUGAUUAACAGGAAGAUCCCACAGCUCUACAAACCGGUACUCCAGGUCAACUCUCACAGCAAACGGACCGCUUGACAAGAGAUUCCUUCAGCAGAAUGAGUCUUCGCAAGCUCGACAUGUGAAGAGGAACGACGUGCAGAACUGCAGUUUAUUUAUUUGCUUGUAAAUAUUUUAGUCUCUCCUCAAAAUCAGUGUUUUUUUUUUUGCCAAAAAGGAAGACGUGUGUAUGACGUCCGCGUGUCAUUCCAGAACCUGUUACAGUCGUCCGGACGGGACGAGACGUGUCAAAAUCUACUAUUUAAUAUUACGUUUGCACUUUUUAAUCAGUGUCCGAGCAUUUUCUCCACACCGCGGUACGAAUUAAGAGUUUUACUAUUUAAUCCAAACGGAAACCAUGCAAAAAAUGUAUCAUUAUUUAUCAUGGGUUUCUUUUUUUAGUCACGUUUGUUUAAGGUUAUUGAAAUGUUUUAAACAUUCUUGAAUAAUUUUAUGUAGCCUUUUGUUUACCUUGAAUAUUUUACUAAAUAAAUAUUUUAAAUGCA